GUCCUGUCUCCGUGAAGACGUUGUUUGUUGGGAAUGAUUCAGACAGUGCCUUUCUUUCUUGAGGCCUGAGACGUAGGAUACAGGGGGAUGUUGAGGUUAUAUUCGGUUUAAACGUUCCAACAGGCCCGGUGCCAUGAUGAUCCUAGUGUCAGAGCAUCGUUAUCGUGGACAGACCAAGUGAAUACAUCGAUCCGGAUACUCCGAUGGAACGGUGGUUUUUGUAUAGUUCAGCGAGAUGACAUUGCUGGUAGUCGGAGUGAUUCUGUGCCUCGUGGGAUGGAUCAGCCUCUAUGCUUUUCUCUGCCACUCAAAUGGUUCCCAUGGAUAUGAGUGGAACUGUCGCCUGGUCACUCUGGCCCAUGGACUCCUGGCGGUGGGGAUCACGGCCUACAUCGGCUAUGUGGACGGACCCUGGCCCUUCAGUCAUCCAGGUACAAAGACCACACCACUGCAGGCCAGCGCUAUGGUGAUAAGCCUGGGCUACUUCCUGUUUGACAUGGGCUGGUGCAUCUACUUCCAGACGGAGGGCCUCGUCAUGUUGGCGCACCACACCAUAAGCAUUCUGGGCAUCAUCCUGACACUGAGCAUUGGCGAGUCGGGCAUCGAGUCAUGCGCGGUGCUCUUCGGCAGCGAGAUCACCAACCCGCUGCUGCAGGCGCGCUGGUUCCUCCGGCAGACGGGCCGCUACGAGAGCUGGCUCGGCGACGUCGUGGAUGUCGCUUUCGUGCUGCUCUUUGUGUUCAUGCGUGUCGUGGUGGGCGCCAACAUGCUCUACUGCGAGCUCAUUUCGCCGCGGCCCAAGUUCAUCAUCAAGUGCGGUGGCGUGGCCAUGUACGCGCUCAGCUGGGUGUUCAUGGUGGACAUUACCCGGUUUACCAUGCGCAAAUACCGCCGCUGGACUGGACGAGGACGGGCUGCUAAGACCAAAGACAAACUGAUCGAGGCCAAUGGGCCGCACGCAAAGACAGACUGAGGACGUUCAAACCUGCCAUUUCCUCAUAGACUUUUUAAAAACAGAGAAUAAGAAAGACAUACAUUUUUUUAAAUAACAUGAUGAUAAUUGAAACAAAAUGUGGACAAUGCAUGGUCUCAUGUUUCUUGAGAGAUAUGAAGAAGCAUGUAAGUGUGGGCCAUGUUAUUGCAGAAUAGCCCAGAUUGCACCUUGGAGUGGCUGGCUGGGGCCCUCUGUGUCUGUCCAUUGGGACUGGAGUGAGUGAAGCAGUAAGAAAUGAGCCAUAGUUCAACACGUUAGAAAUAAAGCUGCCCACUGCGUGCCAGACUGCAUUUCAAAACGCCACUGCACUGCACUCAGCUGCCCCCUUGCUGAACAGCCGAGUUUAGGGCGGAUCUGGCUGAGAUUCAGCCCUGAUGGGGGGUCCUGAAAUCCCGAUGUGGCUCUGAUCUGGCCCUGAUGCGGCUGCUCAAAGCAGAUCAAAGUUGGACCCGGUCCAGAGUAAAAUGCUAUAAAGGGGUUGUGCUUAUGACAGUAGACACUGACACAUGUUUUACAUAAUGGUCUGUGUACUUGUCAUUUAAAGUGGGGGGGAAAUCAAUGCAUUGUGCAAGAGGACAAUGUUUGAUAACUUCAAUUAAUGCAGUUUGACAGCUAUUAAUUAUGUGAUAUGUAGAAUGUCCUCAAGAUAAUUAUCUAAAAGACAACUUUUGUUAAAAAGAUGUUUGAAUACUGUUUUUACUGGUAAAAUCGACAUUUUUGCCUUUUUAAUACUGCAGUGAUUGUGGAUGCCUGUAAUUUUAAUAUUGCAAUACUUAUGAUUGUUGUAAAAACAAAGCUUGCAGAAUAAAGAAUUUGUUGAGUUCUGCACUACAAA